CUUUCUCUCUCUCUCUCUCUCACUGUGAUCCAAACCUUGGGUUCUAUUUUCCUCUCUCUCUUAACCAUGCCAACUUAGGGCUUCUUUUCUCUCUCAUCACAACCCAUAUCUAACUAGGGUUACACUCUCUUACUGCUCUUCAAUUCUAGCGUUUGAUUCCAGUCUGGCUACUUCCAUUCUCUUACUACCGUUCAUUUUAGGGUUCCAUUCGUUGCUGAUCGCAUAACAAAAGUAGGUUUUGAUUUCCUUCUAAUCACAGUCGGUUCAGUUCUAGGGUUUCAGCUACAAUGGCGACUGAUACUCUGCAACUCGCUUUUCAGGACCUUGACAAGCAGAGAACCCUAAUUACAAACUGUACUCUUCUAUGGAAGGACCUUUCUCACCAUUUCUCAUCGUUAGAGCAACACUUACAGGAGAAAUCACAAACCCUAGAUACCAAGUCCCAAACACUAGACCAGCAAACCCAGAAAACCCUAGAAAUCCUGGAGCAGCGAGAGCAAUCCAUUAAUUACCUUGAAGAGUCAGCCGUUACCAAGCUUCAGCAACAGAAGGAGGCGGCGCUUUUGGCUGCCGAGAAAGUUGCAGAGGAAGGAAACCCCAAUUCGAACUCCGAUUCAAAUGACAGAGCAAUCGAGUCGAAGCUGAGGGGCUUUUGCCAGAAAAUGGAUUCAAAGGGAUUAUGGGAUUUUAUCGUUGGAAAGAAGAAGGAUAUAGAACUGGUUCGAACCCAUUUGUCAAAUGCUUUACUCGACUGCAUCGAUCCAUCUACUCUGGUUUUGCGAGCAAUUGAAGGGGUGUUUCCAGUUGAUCGAAGGCCUUCAGAUAGAGAGCAUGAUCAACGAUGGGCAUGUAUUCUCUUACUAGAAUUACUUGUGCCUAUUUUAGCAGAUCCAAUUGUAGGGCCAACCAGGCCAGUUGUGACCCCGAAGGUUAGGGACAAGGCAAAGGGGAUGGCUAAAGAGUGGAAGGAGAAGUUAGAUUCAAAUGGAGGGGUUGAUAAUGUCAAGUCACCUGAGGUUCACACUUUCCUGCAACACUUGGUUACAUUUGGGAUCACUUCAGGGUUUGAUAGUGGGUUUCUCAGGGAUUUAUUAGUGGCUUUUGCGUGGAGGAAGCAGAUGCCAAAGCUUGCGGUUUUGCUGGGGUUGAAGGACAGGAUGCCUGAUAUCAUUGAAGAGUUGGUUAACAAGGGAAAGCAGGUCGAUGCUGUGCACUUUAUUGUGGAGUCCGGACUUAUUGAGAAAUACCCCCCUGUACCCUUGCUUGAGGCAUACUUGAGGAACUCUAGGGAAGUUGUUGCUUCGAUUCUUAAGGAUGGAAAUAACUCCACCCGCGCUAUGCAUGAAGCCGGUAUCAAGGAGCAUGCAGCCCUCCGAGCCGUUAUCAAGUGUGUCGAAGAGCACAAGCUUGAGAGCAACCUACCCCUCGAGCCCCUCCAAAAGAGGCUUGCUCAAAUCGACAAAUUGAAAGCCGAGCGCAAAAAGGCAGCUGCAUCUUCUCAACAACAAAACAAGAGAGGGAGAGUGGGCAAUGGAGCUGCUCUCCCUCCAGCUAAGGCUGGAAGGCUUGCUAACUCCCAUUUUCCAGCAAGACGUGUCUUUGUUCGUUCUCCUAAUUCUGGCCAAAGUCCCCAAUUUCCAGCACCCCCACCACCAUAUAACUAUGGCCAAGCUUAUAUGGGAGGAAAUAGGAGCCCAACUUCUCUUGUUGAUGCUUAUGGGUACCCCCCGGAAAAUGCAGCUCCACUUGCUGGAGGUUCUUAUGGCCUGCCUGAAAACUAUGGAGGCUAUGCGAACUAUGGCAUGUAUCAGGCCUCAUAUUUCCGGUAAGUGGGUCGGGUUGUGAAGCCAGCUUCAUCAUCUUCCAUUGCAUUUUCUUUAGAGAGAGGAACAUGGAACUAAAAGAAAAGGUAAGAGAGUUUCUACUGAAGCUGACCUUGGUUUACGACUGUUUCUUUAGGUAGGGGCUGAUGAGAUUUGACAAUGUGGUUUGUGGUUGUGAUAAUGUAGAGAGAGUGCCUGUAUAGUUUGUGUGUAGUUUCUUUCCAGCAUAUCAUGGUGAGAGAGGCUAAUGAGACACCUUUGGUUAAGUUAUUGCACUCUAAUUUAAUCUCUUAGGUUUAUGUAUGUAUGGAUUGACAUGUUGAUAAUGGUGUAUUGUGCUAUGAAUGAACAACUAAUAUAUACUAUCUCUUUGGUUUUUGGUGUUUGGCUCA